GGCAAGACUUCUCUGCCCUGCGCCCGUCCCUCCUUGGCAAUCAUUAAUCCCAGAUUUUUCACAUUCCUGAGCACCGGAGUGAUAUGGGAAAAUGAUCCGUGGAGGAGAGGGAACCGCGGGUCAGCCCCCGGAAAUGCAGCUGGCUGGCAAGCUCGCCCUUUCAGCUGCUGCUCUGCUUUUGCUGACUUUGGCGUACAAAUACUAUCGGUCUCGGGUGUCUGCUGGCACCCUGGGAGAUGGCAAUGUAAGAACCGGUGCUGGCAAGGAAGCGGGGCGAAAAGAGCUGCCGAAGUGCGAUGGGACGGACAGAGAGGCGGCAGUCCAGGAACUCAGGUACAGGCCCAUCCAUGGCAAGGGGGCGGAGGAGAACGGCAGACCAGCAGGUCAAAACUUGCACCUCUGCAGUCCUUCUACCGUGGAAAUGUCAAAACUGCAACAUACACCUGUUGGCAGAGAACUGAACUUUCUGUAUGCGAAAGAAGAGGAGGAGGAGGAGGAGGAGGAGGAGGGAAGGCAGAGAAAGGAAAUGAGUCAUCUGGGGGCCGGAUUGCAACCAGACAAAAAGCAUUCACUGCCGGAGGCAGAGGAGGAGGAGGAAGCGGCAAAGGAAGAAGGAAGGGCAGGUACAGUGUUGAGCUACGCAGGUGAGGCCGGGGCAGCAGACGGGGUUGCAGGAGCUCCGCCAUGCGGGAGGCCGACGUCUCUCGAUCUGCUGAGCCGAGGUUGUGACGUCAGCAGCUCUGACAGUGACUGCAAGGGGCCUGGCCCGAAAGCCGGUCUUUGCCCCGGUGCCCAUGAUGAGCAAGGAGGGCAAGACCCUCCCUCUACCAAUGGGAACAGGCCCUCCUUGGCAAAAGAGAAAGGGCAGGUGUUGGGAGAAGACAUGAAUCCAAAUUUCACCCAAGAGGUCCAGGUCGGGCGAGAGACAAUCCAGUCAUUCCAUGCAACUUCCGACCUGGGCCUGGCUGUGAAUCAGUGCGACGGGCGGUCCAGCACUGCCUAUGCCUUCUCCUCUGUUGCAAAGGUCCAAGUGGAGGAGAGCGUCAUUAAAGAGAAGAGGCCGAAAGAAGGAAGUUAUGGGCAGGCAUCAGUCUCAGGGGCCAACCUGAGAGGCAAAGUCUAUGACUACUACGUCCGGUCUGUCUCCCAGUCCGUGUUGAAUGAAAGGCCCUCCUAUCAAACUGCGGUCACCCAAACAAAUGGUAACCCACCCACCACUGGCCUGCCCAAUAGUCUAGAGGCAUGCCUGUGCCAGAAUUCAGCAACAGGAGAGGAGGAGAACAGAGCUGCCCUAAGGGAAGGUCCAGCCUCGUCUUCUGGUACUCUCUUCUCACAGGAUAAUGCAAAGAGCGCACAACGCGUAAAUCAGAAAGAGACGGAGAAAGAAGCAAGUGGGACAGGACGCGGCUUCAGCCGCAAGGCAAGUUUCCAUCAGAUUGCAGAAAACCCUGAGCUUCAGGUGCAGAUGGAGGGAUUUGGUUCUCCGGCAUCCGGAAAAUCAGGCAGCAGCACGCCAGAUACCAGUCCCGUCAAUCCCCACUCGGUUUCCUCCCUGGCUGGAUCUCUGCAGAGCCUCCAGGCUGACCCAGGCGUGGAGCCCACAGUGAAGCUUGUGGCUGGCGCCAAGUUCUUCCACAUCCCGCUGAAGUCAGAGUCCUCCAUAGACAUCCAUGUGGACUUGGGCAACUGUUAUGAGGUCUUGUGUAUGGCCAAGAAACAGAAGCUGGAGAGGGUCCAGGAAGCGGCUUAUAAGGUCAUGAGUGAGAAUUACCUCCAAGUGCUCAGGACCCCUGCCAUUUAUGGACGCCUCAAUGCCCUGGAGAGGGACCUGAUCCUGCAGAGACGGAUGCGGGGCAGGAAGUAUGUGGCUGUUGCGGAUGUCAGCUCGCAGGAUCAUGGACACGGCUCAAGCAAACUCUGUUACUACGACGACCACAGUGACACAUGGCACCUGCAGACAUAUGUGCCAGUGGAAAUUGUCUCCAGGGGCUGCACAGUGUGCAACAUGUUCAAUUAUCUUUUUGUUGUGGCUGGCUGUGAAGGGCGAGGGAAAAACCAGAAACCUUCCAACCGGGUCUUCUGCUACAACCCGUUGACGAACAUCUGGCGAGAGAUCUGCCCGUUGAACCAAGCCAGGCCUCACUGUAAGCUGGUAGCCUUGGAUGGCUGCCUGUAUGCCAUUGGAGGAGAAUGCCUUUACACAGUCGAGCGCUACGACCCGCGAAUGGAUCGCUGGACUUUCACAGCCCCCUUGCCCAAUGACACCUUUGCCGUGGCCCACACUGCCACUGUGUGUGAUGGGGAGAUCUACGUCACGGGGGGUACAUUGCGGUACAUGCUGCUAAGGUACAUCAGCCGGUCAAACACCUGGAAGGUCAGCCUGACCGGAGGAAGCAAGGACAGGACCACAGAGAUGGUGACCGUCAACCGUUUCAUCUACCGGUUUGACCUGAACCGCAGCAUGGGCAUCAGCGUCUACCGCUGCAGUGCCAAAGCUAAGCUUUGGUAUGAAUGUGCCACCCACCCCAUGCCUUUCCCAGCUUGCUUCCAGUGUGCUGUUGUCGAUAACCUGGUAUAUUGCAUCAGCCGGCAGUUCAAUAUCCGCUUCCUCGCGGAUUAUGUCUCACCGCGGUUUGGGACCAAGGAGUUACAAAAUUUCCCCUCCCCAAGGGGGACCCUUUUCCCAGUGACUCUUGUGCUGCCUGACCGAGGGGCGCCGCAAACGAGGGUCUGACAGUGACUGCAGAAUCUGCCUGGGGGCCUUGGGGAAGCAAAGCCAGUUAAUUCCACAGGUUCACUGAUGACGGCCUCCUCCUGCUAGCUGAUUUCCAUACAUCUGUCAAGGGAGAUGGAGCUACGAGUGGGUUGGCAGCGUCUGUUUAUUUUAAGAUACUUAAAUCCUUGUAAAUUUGCAUGCAAAUUAAACGCAGCCUUUGGGGUCUUGGACAGUCGCCAGUACAGGCCUCGUUAGUGCAAACUUAGGCAAAGUCAGCGUAGGCUGGAUGGCACGCUACCACCGCAUGUUUUCAUGAUCUGCAAUACUGCGGAUGCGCAGCAGCGCCCAGGGUGUUUCCCGCCCUCCUGAUCCCAACUCUGAGAUACCUUUCCUGGUUCUACGGCAAUUUGGGGAAAGGCACCCCUACCCUGAGAUUCCAAAUCUGGACGAGCGUCUGCUUUGGACGUUUCUGAGUUCCCACAUGGGUGCAAUGAAGGGCCCGUCCCCUCAAUUCAUUUCAGUGGAAGGGACAUAGGAACACUGCUGGGUAAGAACAAACACUCUCUGUCCAUGUGUAGAGUGCCUUUCCUUCCCCCUUUAGCACCAAAACCUGCCCAAUAUUUCUGGAACUGUUUUGGGUUGUGCAGGUCUUGUGAAUCAGCGGGUGUGGCUCUCUGGCUCUCUUUCCAGAAUUUACAACCUGCAUUAGUUUAAAAAGGAGAGCUGCUUAAACAACCUGCCAUGCAAUGAUGGGCUUAAUUAAUUAGCGCUUCUUAAAUCAAGAGAUUCUCACAUAAAGGCCUGGAAAACUCAUUUAUUAAUGCUUUUGUUUUCAUCAUCAAUAGUACAAGCUUAAUGAAAGAUUUGUAGACAAGGACUGGGCUGCCUAGUUGAAAUCAAUAUUAUAGAAUUCAACCUUAGCUCUUAGGACUUUAGUACCCCUUUCAGUUGAGACAGUCUUCUGCCUCCCUGUCCACUCAUCCUUUCUUCCUAACUACCGAGCGAUGCUUUUCGUAGGCCUUUCAGGUCUGUGGAACCUGCAUUGUCUGACCACAAGCUAUUGCUGACACUUCCUCUCCUGCCCCGCCAGGAGAAAGCCUGUGAACUUUUCCAUGACACCAUCGCAGCUGAGCCAGUGGUGGUGAUGGAAACUGCAAGGUGCAAGCAAGAUUUACAGCCUAUUACUAGUAUAUACAUCAUUGCUUUUCAUGCUUUUCAGAGUUUGACUGUGCAAAUAAAACAAAAC